AUGGCCAUGGCUGCAAAUGAUACCAACUCUACCGUUAUGUUCGACUCACCAACUUCUAAGUAUUUGGUGCUCUUCGAUGGGAUAAAAAUUGAAACAACAGUUACCGGCAAAGCCAAAAUAACAGAUGAGUGGAUUCAACUAAUUUUAUCAACACAUGCUGGAAACCAAUUGGUAAUUGGGAUGGAUACUGAAUGGAUGCGUAGCAAUAAGAUGAAAACUGCAAUACUGCAACUUUGUGUUGAGGACAAGUGCCUAAUCUUUCAGCUGUCGCAUAUGGAUGAUGAUAUUCCAGAGUCUCUCAGGAGCUUUUUGAUGGACUAUGACUUCAAAUUUGUUGGGGUUGGGGUUAUGAACGAUAUUAAAAAGCUGAAGAAUGAAUAUGGGUUGGAGUGCAAAAAUGGUAUUGAUGUAUCUACCUUGGCAGUAACACAAUGGCCUGGCCGAUUUUCUUCUAGAGGAUUGAAAUACUUGGCAAAGGAGCUGGUGGGUCUUGAUAUGAAGAAAUCCAAGGAUGUUUGUACCAGCGAAUGGCAACUAAAGGAGUUAACCAAAGAACAAGUUGAAUAUGCAUGCAUCGAUGCCUAUGCUUCUUUCAAGAUUGGUAAAAAGCUCCUUAUUGAAAAUAAAGAGAUUAUUCCAAAUCUAUCUGAUUAA